CGGGUUGCAAAGCUCGCAGCACUGAGCUACGUCUGGAGCACAGGCUCGGCUUCCGAGUACAGAACACGUCUAGCAUCGAAACUCGAGGAGGUCAUUGAGAGUGCCAUGAAAUGCACGAAGCAGAUGGGAUUCAGAUACCUCUGGACAGAUCGUCAUUGUAUAGAUCAACAUUUGGCUUCCAAAACCGGAGUUAUCCAGAAUAUGGAUCAGAUCUAUACCAACGCUUCCAUCACAAUCAUUGAUGCAGCAGGGGAUAGUGCAGAAAGCGGUCUACCUGGGCCCAGUACAAUACCGCGACUGCCUUCAGCCACAGCUUCAGUAUACGGAAAGUUCAUAACCCUAGCGCCGAAUGCAAGAUAUGCGAUUGCUGUAAGCAAAUCGUCUACUCGAAGAGGGACGUUCCAGGAGGGCCUACUUUCUCGCCGGAGGCUUGUCUUUACCAAGGAACAGGUCUACUUUCAACGCCGCAGAACGCAUCGUUGCUAGUCAGUAACGGGCGCUUUCGUAUUUGAAACCAAAACAAACUCCGGAGGAGGAGGUUUCUAGCCAGGAUUUCGGUGUUCAGUCCAAGCUUUUCCAAUAUCUCGCCUGAAACCAUGGAACUAUGACGUCGAAGAAGUCUGCAGGGACUUCUUUGAGGAUCUUCUCUCAAUUCUAGAAAGCUGAGACUCCCAUCUAUCACCUUUGGGAUCUGCUGUUCCGCGACAAUUCCACGCUUGAUUUCCUAUUUUCCCUGUUGUGGGAAGUCCCCCCGAGUUCGAGACUAGCUAGAAGAUCAACCAUGCCACCUUGGAGCUGGGUCUCGUGGAGCUAGAAGAC